UCAUCGCAACCAUCUCCCCUGUAAACCCAAUCCCGGUGAUGGCUGGAGGGGGGAGAUGCGCUCGUCCUCGGCGAUAAUCGAUAGACGCAUGCAGGUAGCCUUCCUCCCUACACGCGCAGCAUCACCACGCAUCCUUACUCCACUGUGCAGUCUCUCUUAUUUUCCUCCCCAUCACCACACAUAUGAGAAAUUGCUCGUGGGGGCCCCUUGCCUAUUGAUCUCUAAACAUCUGGAACACCUCAUAUUUGUUUUACAAGGCAGAGGCGAACAGUCUGUGCCCGAGAUAGAGGAGUGAGACAGCAGCAGCAGCAGCAGCAGCACCAGGACGGACCACUUGACACCUUGCUUCACGACAUCGAUAUGCAGUAGUGUGAUACCAGCUCUGCGGAGACGGGAAGGCCAGUCCAUGGCAUCUUGAUAUUAAAACCGUGGGCUCUGCGCAUUCCUCACCGACGGCGUAGUCUCUCUUUUUUUUCUUUUUUUUUUUUCUGCGGAGUCGAAAAGAUUAACUUGGCCAGAUAAAGGCGGCGAGGGAGGAAAUCUUAACAAUAAUUCAAUUUGACCAGAUUCUGUUUUGGGGGAUUCGUGGGAUAUCAGUGGACCUGCGAUGGACUCCAGCGCGGGGGAAUAUGGCAUGGCUCGUCUUGGAUUGUUUUUGGUUUUGAUGGGGCUGUGGAGAUUUAGCGAUGCUUGCCCCGCAUCCUGCACUUGCAGCAUCUCAAGGAUUAAUUGUAUUGAUUCUGUAGCAGGGAUCGAGGAUUUCCCUGUCCUCACGUUAGAUGACAUGGAAAACAUCACCGAGAUAUACAUUGCUAAUCAAAACAGACUGUUUGACAUCAGUGAAAACAGUCUGAGACACUACAUAAACCUCAGAAACCUAACAGUGAUAAAGACAAGGUUGACGUCUAUAUCACCAGAUGCAUUUUACAACAAUACAAGACUUCAAUAUGUAAAUCUCAGAGACAAUAACCUAUCGACGCUGUCAUGGAGAACAUUUCAGAACUUUAACACAUCAUUCCCGCUAAUACUGUCCGGUAACCCCCUGGACUGUGUUUGUGAAAACUUAUGGAUUAAACAGAGGCUCCUAGAAGAACCCGACAGUCAAGACCUGAAAUGCACAGACGAGAGAGGAGUGUCACAGGCUUUCAUCUCACUCACUCCACCAGACUGUGUGGUUCCCAAAGUAGAGGUCAACCCAAAAAACGUGACUAAGAUGCAGGGGAGUGAUGUGAAAGCUGUGUGCACCGCCUCAGGCUCCCCUUCUCCUGAGAUCCUGUGGAACCUUGAUUUACUCUCUACCCACACCGAGGUUGAAACUUCUGAUACGGAGAGCAGCCUCACCUUGUCAGACCUGUCUCCUGAUGAUAAUGGCAGGUUGAUCAUAUGCAGCGCGGAGAACAUAGUCGGUCAGACUGAGGCCACACUUCAGCUUAAUAUUCUCUUUGCCCCCACCAUCCAGCAGCUGCUGGAGCCAGAGCAGGACCACCACUGGUGCAUCCCCUUCAGCGUGACGGGGAACCCCAAGCCUGAGCUGCAGUGGUACCAUGAGAACGAGCCUCUCCGCGAGCAUGACUACAUCCGCACCAUGAUCCACGUGUUCACAGAGAGCGAGUACCACGGCUGCCUGCAGCUGGUCAACCCAACGCACAUCCACAACGGCGUGUACAGGCUGGUGGCGAAGAAUAAGUACGGCGAGGACGAGAAGAUGGUCUCAGCCCAGUUCAUUGAGCCACCACCCAUCGAACACGGAACAGAAGAUUCCAGAUACUACUACACUCCCGACACGCCACCCCCUCCUCUGGAUGACAGUGUUGCAGUGUAUGUAGUUGUGGGAAUCGCAGGAGUCGCCUUGACCGGCUGUGUUCUGAUGGUCAUCAUUCUGAAAUAUGGAAGAAACUCAAAGUUUGGUCUUAAAGGCUCCUCCUCAGUCAUCAGUAAUGACGAUGACUCUGCCAGCCCUCUUCAUCACGUCUCCAAUGGCAACAACACCCCGUCGUCCUCGGAGAUGGGUCCAGACGCAGUGAUGAUUGGGAUGACAAAGAUUCCUGUCAUUGAGAACCCACAGUACUUCCGCAACUCCGGCAGCAUGCUGAAAUCUGACACGUUCGUCCAGCACAUCAAGAGACACAACAUUGUUCUGAAGCGGGAGCUGGGAGAGGGAGCCUUUGGGAAGGUGUUUCUCGCUGAGUGCUACAACCUGACACCAGACCAGGAGAAGCUCCAUGUGGCAGUCAAGACUCUGAAAGAGGCCAACGAGAGCGGUCGAGCGGACUUCUACAGAGAGGCCGAGCUUCUCACCAACCUGCAACACGAACACAUCGUCACCUUCUACGGGGUGUGUGUGGAGAGUGACCCGCUCAUCAUGGUGUUUGAGUAUAUGAAACACGGGGACCUAAACAAGUUCCUCAGGUCCCACGGUCCUGAUGCAGUGCUAAUGGCAGACGGUCAACACAGCAUCCUGGUGGAGCUCACCCAGUCCCAGAUGCUGCACAUUGCCCAACAGAUUGCUGCUGGCAUGGUCUACCUGGCCUCCCAGCACUUUGUCCACAGAGACUUGGCAACCAGGAACUGCCUGGUCGGAGAAAACCUGCUGGUCAAGAUCGGAGAUUUUGGCAUGUCCAGAGACGUUUACAGCACAGAUUACUACAGAGUGGGCGGUCAUACGAUGCUGCCAAUCCGCUGGAUGCCCCCAGAGAGCAUCAUGUACCGACGGUUCACCACAGAGAGUGACGUGUGGAGCCUCGGCGUGGUGCUGUGGGAGAUCUUCACCUACGGCAAGCAGCCCUGGUACCAGCUCUCCAACAAUGAGGUCAUUGAGUGCAUCACCCAAGGCCGCGUGCUGCAGCGGCCACGCACCUGUCCUAAAGAGGUGUACGACCUGAUGCUGGGCUGCUGGCAGAGGGAGCCCUACAUGAGGCUGAACAUCAAGGAGAUCCACAGCAUGCUGCAGAGCCUCGCCAAGGCCUCGCCCGUGUACCUGGACAUACUGGGCUGAUGCGCCGGUGUUCUUGUAUGUACUUGGCGUGCAUGUGAGUGUGUGGACAUGUGAUUGUGUGUGUGUGUGUGUGUGUGUGUGUGUGUGUGUGUGUGUGUGUUUGUCUGCACAUGAUGAGACAGAGAGGAGGGGAGGAAAUGGAGGUUGUGCGACUGUGUGAGUGCCUGCGUCUGUGUACAGUACCCGGCUGUAAAUGUUGCUGUAAAUGCUAUCGUCUGUGUCCUCAUUACAUCGAGAAAAGCCUUAAAUUUUGAGUGAUUUUCUUUUGCUUUUCUUUUUCUUAUCCAUUUUGCAGAUGUUACUGAGGCAUGUUUCACUAAUGGAAACCAAAAUGCAUACAGGAUUAUGUAACUUUAUCCAAACCAUCAACACUCCUAUAUGUUAAAGGCAUAAAAAUAAAUGAAACCCAAUAAUCAGAAACAUUGAUUACUGGGUUAUUCUGUCUUCAUCGCAUUUAAUAAUCACCCUCCUGUAUUCCAUAUUUGCUGGAAAUGAACAAAGGGAAAAUAAUGUGUCUCCAUAAUGGACAGUGUAUGGACACAACUUUGUAGAUAGAGCUUUGUCUUCUUUGUCACACAGAGCAACAUAUUCUGCAGGAAGAUAAAAUUACUCAUCAAGUUACAGCUGAAGCUUUUUCUUUUAUAUAUCACAGACUAUUUUAAUAUUUGUAGAAUUUAUAAAUGUUGACGACAAUUGUUUCAUACCGAGCUGUUGAUUUAAAUCUGUGGUUUUUGAGUCGUGUACUGAAACAUUUGCUUGUUUGAAUUUUAAACGUACGUGUAUGGUAUUAUUGGUGAUGAGCGAGUACACUGCUAUCUGUAUCUGCUCACUAAAUGAUCUGUAUUUGUAGCUGUAUUGUGAAUGGGCGGGGCUUAACGCAGCGUGGGUGGGGCUUACACUUACAUAGGGGUUAAUUUGAAGCCUAAAAUUGAUAUGGGUUGAUAUUCAUUAAAAAACAUUGAGCAUUAGACCAAUGAGUUUGAUAAUAAGAGUAUGAUAAAAGUUGCUGUAUUCACGAUUACAAAUAUUGCCCCUAACCUUAACUCUCAUUGAUAAAAAGUACAUUAUCUGUACCUGAUGAUGAUUUCAGCCGAGUACUCGCUCAACGCUAAUUAUUAUACAAGUGUGUUUUGAAAAAAAAAAAAACAGUGUGAAACCCGUAUGGAUUCUUAUAGAUGCCUGUGUCUGUUACAUAUAACCUACUCUAGUCCACUGAGGGACUCCCCAAUGUAAAAUCAGUGUUGAGGUUGUAAAACGCAAGGGCACACAACAUUUUACACUGUUUUUUUUAAGAAAAAAUGUCAUCAUCAUUCGCCAUAUUUUAUGUAAAUAUCUGUUACACAAGCUCAUCUAUAUUUACAAAGUGGUGUUUUAAACGUCGUUGGAGUGCUCUACUCAUCUCACAGCCUUUUCCAUUUGAUGUAUCUAAAGCACAGAGAACGAGGACUCGGUGGUGUUGAGCUGUGCCAAAAAAAAAAAGAUGAGCACAGUUUGUUUUGUUUUAUUUUAUUUUAUUUUCAUUCACCAGCAAUGCCAUUUAGCAAAUCAUUGUUGUUCGGUGGCCCAUAUCUGUAAGUGAUGUGGUUUUGUAUGCAUCUCCGGAGGCAGGUUUUCUAAUGUUGUGAUGAGAUUGUGUUAACGGUUUGACAAAAGAAGAUGACUUUUUGGAUCUUCAUUAUUUUGCCUAAUUAUUUCUAGGAGGGAUUGGCAGGGCAUUUUGAUGCAGUUUACUGUGCACUGAUGUGGGUUAAAUAUAUUGAGGAUUUCUUUGUUUUCAGCACCUUGAUUUUGUAUGUACUAAAGUUGCUACUUGUUUAUUCGUCAUUUAUUUACAUUACAAGGGAGUACUUUAAAGAUCUGAUCUUUAAUUCUACACAGCAGACUAAGAGGCCGCAGUUAAAAGGGUUAAUUAAGAGUCUGAUUGGCCUUAAAGUGUCCCAGGGGUGCUUCCAUCUCUCUGAGCGGCCCCAGUCAGCCAGGUGGCGACUGAAACAGCUCCUCACUUCAGACUUAGGUAAAGCACAUUUGUACGGGCUGAGGACCCUGAAUGCUUCAAAAUUCUGUUGUUCGUUUGCCAAAAUUAUCUUCAAUAGUUUUGUUUUCCAGAGAUAAAAAAAAAAAGGCUAAAAUGUAAAAGCGUGGCGGUCCGAAUGUCUGGUAUAGACUUCUGUAUUCAUCUUUGCAAAAACAGCAGCUUCAUAAUAAACGUCACGUAUUUCCAUAUGGAGGCAUAAAGCAGAAGGCUCUUUGCUGAGACAAUAAGUUAUGUUAAGUGCACUUUGUAGCGUUACCUAACCCCCAAAUGCACAACCUGAGCGGCUGUGUUCAGCUCUCACCGCCUCGACCUCAACUGCACUUAAUAACAAAACAAAAACAUGUCACCCUCGCUUUAUGCUGGCCAUGACUGAAGCAAGUCCCAACCCUGACACACCGUCCCCUGAUGACGAUGGCCGUGUCCCUCUAUGUUUUUAUUACAGCGUUUGUCAGUUCUGUAUAAUAGUCAUAGUGUCUGCUGUACAUAACUUGCUGUCCAUUCUGUACAGUUCUGAUAUUUGUCUAUAUCAAUAGUAGGCUAUGUUUAAUAGUAUAAUCUGUUUUAAGCAGGUAUCAUGCCAAAACUGUGUGACAUCUAUUGAAGACAAUGUGUUAUGGGCCACUGGCAAUACAUACUAUAUGUAAAUACGAUUUUAUUUGUGCUACAUUGUAUAAUUUCUUUGUGCUCGUUCAUAAUACCAGUGAGAAUACAAUCCUUUUUUUGGCAACUUUUGAUCUGCAGAGGACUUUAUUUGAACAAUGUGUUUUUUUUUUCUCUCUCUGAAGAAAAAAAGGAGAAAAAAAAGAGAAAUGAUCUCCUCUUUCCUCUCCACUGUGAUGGGGAGCUUUACACAGAGGCUGUUUGAGAUGCUGUCUGUCUGCAGGAGGACCAUAGACUCUGGAUCUGAUUAAAACAUCAGGAUCUCUCCUAGGUCCCAGCAGACGUGUGGCCGAUGGCGAAAAGGGGCCAAAAACCCCACCACUCAACCUCUGACUGACUGUAGCCUAUUUUGAUCCUCUUUCAGAUGAAUAACUGUGACUUUGCAUCAUGAAUAGUAUAUUAUUUUGAAUGUAAUCUAGAAGGGUCGGGACCUUUUUUGAAUGUAAUCUAUCUUGAGGGGGAGGGGGGGUUAAGGAUUUUUUUGUAAAUAUAUGGUAAAAGAAAAAAAGAUGACAGUUUUCAUUCCUGUGCAGAUAACAAAUUUUACUUACUGUGUGAAUACAAAGAGAGAGCGUAUGUGUUCGUGUGUGUGACUAAUGUCUCCGAGAUGGUGGACAACAAGUAUGCAAGUGUGUGUGCCUGUUAGUGUGUAUGUGUGUGUGUGUGUGUGCUCUCCUGGCAGAUUUAAUCCUUCUUUAAUCAGCCAGUUCUAUCAAUCAAUUCAAUGCUUUGUGCAUCAUGUGAGUAGCUUAUCCACAAUUAAUGGAAAUGUUCCUUGUGAUACUGUGCAUUUAAUAAAGGUGGUAUGUCUUACAAUA